CACCCACGAAGAAGACGCGGGUCAAAGUUGACCCUCGUGUGUUGUGCUCGAGCAGGAGGUCCGGCAAAAACAGGAGCGAACUCAGUUUUACAAGAAGUCAGUUUUCUGAAAAGAUAUCCUGUUUUCAUCCUUUAAAGCCACAAUGGCCUCCUACACGUGCAUCAGUUGCCGCGUGGCAUUUGCAGACGGUGAGGUGCAGCGAGCGCACUACAAGACCGACUGGCACCGUUACAACCUGAAGCGUAAGGUGGCCGACAUGCCUCCCGUCACUGCCGAGAACUUCCAGGAGCGCGUCCUGGCCCAGAGGGCCGCCGCCGAGAAGCAGCUCUCCGACGCCGCCACCGUGGAGGGAUGCUCCGCCUGCAACAAGAAGUUCUCCAGCGUCAACGCCUAUCAGAACCACCUGCAGUCCCACAAACACCAGCAGGCAGAGAAGCAGGCCCUGCUGGUCGCCCAGAGGAAGGUGGAGAAGAUGAACGAGAAGAAUCUGGAGAAGGGGCUCGGCGAUGAGAAACCAGACCACGACGCGAGAAACGAGGCCCUGCAGCAGGCACUGAGAGAGCAGCAGAGGCCGAGUCCCGCCAAGCCGGGAGGCAGCCAGACACCACAGCAGAGGGCGGAGAAGCCACCCAGGAUGAUGUGGCUGGAGGAGCAGGCCCGCCGGCGAGAGAGAGAGGAGGGCGCCGGAGAUGAAGAAGAAGAAUGGGAGGACUUCGAUCAGGAUGAAGAUGACGACGACGACGACGACAUGGACGAAGAUGCUGAUGAGGAGGAGUCCGUGGACCCGGAGGACGGCAGCGCGGCCGGCCUCCCAGACUCGCACGCCGCCGCCCUGCCUGGCUCCAUCCCCGUCACCGACUGCCUGUUCUGCUCGCACCACUCCAGGUCGCUCCUGAAGAACGUCGCCCACAUGACCAAAGUCCACAGCUUCUUCAUUCCUGACGUGGAGUUCCUGGUCGACCUCAAGGGCUUCGUUCAGUAUCUGGGUGAAAAAGUCGGUGCUGGAAACGUGUGUCUGUGGUGUAACGAGAAGGGACGCUCGUUUUACUCCACAGAGGCAGUACAGAGUCACAUGACCGACAAAAGCCACUGUAAACUCUUCACGGACGGCGACGCCGCCCUGGAAUUUGCAGACUUCUACGACUUCAGGAGCAGCUACCCCGACAGGAAGGAGGGAGAAGACGCCGUCAUGGACGACGACGAGCUGCCCGACGACAAGGCCCUGGAGUACGACGACGACACGCUGGAGCUCACCCUGCCUUCAGGUGCAAAGAUUGGCCACCGCUCCCUCAUGAGGUACUACAAGCAGCGGUUUGGAGCCGAGCGGGCCGUGGCGCUCUCCCACAACAGGAACGCCGUCGGCCGAGUCCUCCGGCAGUACAAAGCCCUGGGCUGGGGAGGAGACGCCGGCGACGGCUCCCUGCAGAAGCAGAAGGACAUGAAGUACGUGCAGCUGAUGAAGUCCAAGUGGGCGCUGAAGAUGGGCAUGAACCACAACGCCACCAGGCAGAAGCACUUCAGAUGCCAGGUCAUGUUCUGAGCCGGGAGGGAGGAGUGGCCACGGAUCCUGAACGCUGACUCACACCAAGCGAGUGUUCUUCAUUCAUGGACGGUGGUGAAUUUGGUGUUCAAGUAAUUCAGCUUUAUUUGGUUGUUGCUGAAAAUCUGCAGCGAAACGCUCUCUGUCUGCAGACAAAUGAUUUAUUUUACAGAUGUUUCAUCUGCUUGUGAUAAAUAUCUCGAGGGAAGCUCUGAUGGAAUUUGCUGCAUUAUAAAAAGCUCAAGGGAAAGAAUUCCAUUCUUAAAAUCAUUAAAAUUCUGUAUAAACCCUA